GUGGGUCUCUGUCUCACCCUCACACACUCGCCGCUCCUCUUGCAACUCUUCUCGGGAUCUCUGGGUCCCUUUCCUCGGUGACAGGCUCCCCACACCAAGUAGUCACCAUUUCAGCCCCCGGGAGACCCACGCUGGCAGCGCAGCCCCUUCCCCGACUCAGCAUCGGGAGGAAGACCCUGGUGGCGGCUGCCGUAGGGGUUAUGCUGGUCCUGGUGCUGGUGGUCCUCAUCCCUGUGCUCGUCAGCUCCGUGGGUACAGAUGCCAGCCACUAUGAGAUGCUGGGCACCUGUCGUAUGGUGUGCGACCCCUACCUGAACAAAGGCACUCCGGCCAGUAGCACCAGCUCCACCGGUCUCCAGGCUGAGGCUGAGGCGUUGAGCGACCACAGCAACGUACUUCCACCCUCCACCUUACUGCAGGGCCCACAGGGGAAGCCUGGCAGGCCAGGCAAGCCCGGACCACCCGGACCUCCCGGAGAACCGGGGCCACCAGGACCAGCUGGGCCUCCCGGCGACAGAGGGGAUCAGGGAAGGACUGGGAUUUUGGGUCUGGGGGGAAAUGGAGCUAUCAGCACAGCCACCUACAGCACGGUGCCUCGGGUGGCCUUCUAUGCAGGGCUUAAGAACCCCCAUGAAGGCUAUGAGAUCCUCAAGUUUGAUGACGUGGUCACCAACCUGGGCAACAACUAUGAUGGCAUUUCGGGCAAGUUCAUCUGCAGCAUACCAGGCACAUACUUCUUCAUCUACCAUGUGCUGAUGAGAGGAGGGGAUGGCACCAGCAUGUGGGCAGACCUCUGCAAAAACGGCCAGGUUCGUGCCAGCGCCAUCGCCCAAGACGCUGACCAGAACUAUGACUACGCCUCCAACAGCGUCAUCCUCCAUCUGGACGCGGGCGACGAGGUUUAUAUCAAACUGGAUGGAGGCAAAGCCCAUGGAGGAAACAACAACAAGUAUAGCACCUUCUCUGGCUUCAUCCUCUAUGCAGACUGAGAACACAGACAGACAGACAGACACAGAGACAGUCAGACAGGAAGAGAUUGAGAGAAAGAGUUGUACGACGGGAGGGGGGAGGGGGUGUGUGUGUUAAAAGCCGGAAUGCUUUCUAGUUUUCCAAAUUCUCUCCAUCAUCACGGACACCUCUGUUUCGUAUCCAUCAGCCAAGACACCCAGGCUCUGUAGCCGAGCCUGGAUGCAAAGCUCCUGAGGACACACUGAGAGGGGCCGGGCGGGCGGCGUGGGAGGAGUGGGAUGUGGGCAAAGGAAAUGGGCUGGUUUUUUUCUGUGCUCCUCAACACAAUGCCGACGUGUCAGAAGCUCCUCACUUUCAGUGUCUCUCCUCUUCAGCCCUGCUCCAUUGCACAGAAACGUCAACAACAAAAACGAAAACCCUGCAAAAGUGGAUGAUCUCACCUCUUCUCUCCACAGUGGCAACAGUCAGCUGUACUGUCAGUGGACUUGAUUGACUGAAACUUGUAGUGUUGUUCUGUGCAAUUUUCCUUAGAUUGUGUUUUUAUUUUGUAGACAUGCAUAAUAUUCUACACAAAAGAGAUUUUAAAAAAAUAAUAUAUUUGUCCAGUGUGAAGAUAUCCUGUUUGACUGAGAGAACGGAUUUGUGAGAUGUUAUUUGUGAUGCAGCUCAGAGAUUUAACAGCUGGAAAAAGAAAUCUAAGUCAAUGUCAGUAUUUCAUGGCAGUGAGUGUUUUUCUUCAUCACUGGGUACAGCGAAGUAACUAUAUAUUGUUCAUAUGGAGAAUAACAAUAUAUUCUGCACUGUACCUUACAAUGUAUCUGAAAAAGGAAGCCUCUCAUAUAGACAAUACCCUUUCCACAAAACCGACUCACACUUUUCACAAACACACAAUGUCCUGCUGCUGUUUGGAUUAAAAGUAGAGUUCAAAUCGUCUCUUCGAUGUUCUAGUUUUAUGUAGAUGCUCUGCUCGGCACGACCGGCCAUGAUGUGAUCUGAGAUCAGGUUCUGUAGCCAAGUUGAAGAGCGCCCAUUCUUUAUUCUCCUCUGUUGUGCCGACCUCUGAGACUUGUUUCGUGGUGAAGAAGAAAAAAAAAAAUCAGGCUUGGGGGUGGGGGGGUGAGAGAUAAAGAGUCAGAAGUGAGCAAGACGGUGGGGAGGUGGAGGAGGUGUUCAGGCACAGUAACAGUGAGUGGGCAAUUUUUCCGUUUCAGUGUCUCUGAGCUUCACUGGAUGUCAUCCAUUCAUUAGCUGCAUAUUCACUGACACACAGGCAUUAUGGUAAUAUUUACUCAACGUGGCGGCCUGACAGCUUGCUUGAGAAUGAAACUGAUUGGGUGAGUGACUUGACCUAUUAUGACUGCACGUUUGUAUGUGUGUGUGUGUGUGUGUGUGCGUGUGAGAGUUAUGUAUGUAUCUGUGCAUACCAGUGAGUGUCUGCAUUUUAGCAUGUGCCGUGCAUGCGACAUCGUUCUUUUCCCAGAGUUAUUCUGUGCUACAGCCAAUGACAGAUAUUUUACUCAGCAGCCAAUGAGAUUGUGCUCUGUAGGGUGGGGGAGCCUCUAUAGAUAUGAUGAGAAGAACAAACAGCUUGUAAAUGAAAUCUAUGACAUGUUUGUCUAUCUUAUCUUUUGGAAUUGUUGAAUACAUUUAAAUAAUAAAUGGGAUUUUUUGAGUGA